GAGUGAUAGAACACUGUGUGAGAGAGACAGAGACAGAGAGAGUGUGUGUGAGAGAGAUAAGAGGAGGAGGAAAGGUCGGUUAGGGUUUUCCAGUAAAUAAUACUUUCACGUUCAACGGUCACUGGAGAAGAAACCACGUCUGCCGCUCGUCUAACAGAAUACAGAAUCCUUCACUGAGGGACGCUCAGGGAUUAUUACGGGGAAUGGAGAUUGUAAUACUAGUUUCAUUAUUGUCUCUGUAUUGUGACUUCACCGAUGCUGAGUGCCUGGUGGUCAGUCCUGCCAGGCUGGUGGUGAAGUAUGGAGACCCAGCCUCCUCUAACUGCAGCUCAGAUACCCCUGUAGAGAUGGGCUGGGAAGCCAUCCAGGGAGGGACGAGUCUAACAGACAACAAGGUGAAGAUCCUAAACUGGAGGGUGAACAGUGUGACUGAAUGGAAUAGCAAACCUACCUGCUUCACAGAGGGAGGCCAGUGUCUGAAACAGCUGAACAUCACAGUUUAUAAGCUUCCAGACCGUGUCUCCAUCAGCUACAGGAAGUACCCUGAUCCGAUGGUUGAGGGGCAUCAGUACCUGCUACAGUGUCUUGUCCAGAACAUUGCUCCUAUUGGGACACUCAGGGUGACCUUCUACAAAGUCAGUGCCACUGGUGAACAGACAGAAUUAGACACACAACAGAAAUCCAAGGACAACAUCAACACACCAGAGAAUGGGACCUACACCCUGGACUUCACCCCUGGUAGAGAUGAUGACGGGGCCCAGUUGUUGUGUUCAGCCAUGUUGGAUCUGGGACCAGAGGGACCCCAACCUCCUCCUGUAAUGGACUCAAACCGCCUCAACACCAACAUGCACUACAAGCCUCAGAUCACUAGGAGUCCUGGCUGUUUCUCCAUGAGCAUCACGGAGGGCGACACCUUAUCACUGGCCUGUAGUGCAAAUGUGGACUACCUGCCCAUCAUUGCAGGGCUGGCUUCGGUGGUGAUCCUCUUGGUGAUCUCCUGUUUCAUCUACUCCUCUUACUAUAAACACACGCGCAUGAGCCAUUAACAGCUGAAAAUCAUGUUGCCACGACGACACAAGAACAAACACGUGGUGCACCACAACGGAAUGGACCAGUCCGUUAUGUAGAGGAGGGGUUGGGGUCAGAGCAUGUGAGCAGAGGUGAAUGGUUGGAAAUCCUGAUGAGUGGGUGUGGCUCUCCACGACCUUUCCUACCACUCCCUCACAGAAUGGAAGCAAGUUCCCGUAGCAAUGUUCCUACAUCUAGUGGAAAGCCUUCCCAGAAGACUGGAGGCUGUUAUAGCAGCAAUGUUCCAACAUCUAGGGGAAAGCCUUCCCAGUAGACUGGAGGCUGUUAUAGCAGCAAUGUUCCAACAUCUAGUGGAAAGCCUUCCCAGAAGACUGGAGGCUGUUAUAGCAGCAAUGUUCCAACAUCUAGUGGAAAGCCUUCCCAAGAGACUGGAGGCUGUUAUAGCAGCAAUGUUCCAACAUCUAGUGGAAAGCCUUCCCAGAAGACUGAAGGCUGUUAUAGCAGCAAAGUGGGGACCAACUCCAUAUUAAUGCCCAUGAUUUUGGAAUGAGAUGUUCAUGUCCAUAUACUGUUGGUCAUGUAGUGUAUCUGGUUACACUUGCAGACUGGUGCAAAAUUAAAUACUACACUUCUCAAUUGCAGAUCAUGUUAAUUUCAGUAUUUAUUAACUCGCAUUGUCUAAUUCACUCAGUGAUCAUAAAGUACCAAAUAACAGGAUAUGUGUGCAAAGAAAGCACUAUUAUAUCUGUAUGCACACGUGUGUGUAGAUUAAUGCAUUUAUUUUGAAUAUAUUUUCCCAAUAAAGAACCAUUUGGAAGUA